UUGUUUUGUUCGCUGUCUGGCUUGCUCGCCCGCUCGCUCGCUUAUUUGCUUUGUGUGUGAGAAAUGAAUGGAGGGAUGACUGGCUGGCUGGCUGCCUGCCUGUUUGGUUGGGUGGACGGAUAGAUGGAUGGAUGGAUUAUCGUUGUGUGAGCUUUGAAAUCAGUUUUAGUUCAUAUUGUGAGUCGCUGCUGCUUAGAGAUAUAUCAAUUCUGCUAUAUACUGAUGUUGUUGUUGUUGUUAUUGUUGCUGCAGAACUAAGUAACGGAACAGCCACUGGCUGAGAGUGAAAAACAAUUUUUCUUCCAUUGAUGAUGAUGAUGUUGUUGUUUUUGUUGUUGCCGUCUUUACUGAGUUGAGAAUUUGAGUUGAAUUUUUCAAAUGGUACGGCAGCACCUAUGGAUUAUGGCUAGGCGCUAUCUGAUCAGUUGCAAAUUUUACUUUUAACCAUUCGAACGAGUUGCUAUAAGAACUGGAACAACAAGAAGCAAAAAAAAAAAAAACAACAACAGAUAGCGAAACGACACUUUGUGAUUUUGUAAAACGGAUAUUGUACGAACGAGGAUUAUCCUUUCGCAUAUAGGAAAUUAAAAGAAAAACAACUUCCGGUACGUUUAAUAAAAGGAAAUAAAAAAGCGAAAUAGAAAUAAAAACAAAAAUCAAAUAAACACACCUUUCCAUAGCAAUUUUUGAAAUAAAAAUUCCAAAAAAAAAAAAAAAACGAAAUUAAACGCAUCAGCCCCUACAUAAUCGGACGCAGUGAAAGCCUUUGCAAGAGUGUGUGUGUAUGUUUUUAGUGUGGAUCCAAACUUAAUUCUGUGCGUGUAAGAGUGUGUGGUAGUCAUAAUUUUUUUGUUACAUUUGAAUAAAAAAGAAAAUAAAAUAAUAAAUAAAAAAAUUGAAUAACAAAGCGGAACAAGAAGAAAGGUGCACCAGAACAAAAUAAAAACCAGAAUCACAAAAAAAAAAAUUACUGUGCCAAACAAUAACGGCGAAACUGUGUCACUCCAUUCACAUUUGUAGUAUUAUUUUGAAACUUAGCGUAUUUUUUAAACAUUUAUAUUAAAUUUAUCACUUGUAGAUUUUUCGAAUUGUGAAUUGUUUUUUCUUAAAAAGGUGUUAAUAAAACAUUGUAAUAUUAUUGAUAAAGAUAAAUAUGAUCUAUGGCCAAUCAUCAUAUUUAUAGAAAAAUAAAAACAAUGACAAGCUAAAUAUUCAACACAAACAAAGUUGUUAAUUGUAAAAUAAUAGAAGUUUUUAGACGAAACACGUUUUACGAGAGAGACUACUGUGAGGCGCACAACUAAGAAAUAUAAAAAUAAAAAAAAACAAGAUUAUCAGAUAAUUGGCCCAUAACUAAAUGUAACAAAUAGCGAUAAAACUAAACCCCUGACGAAUAGCAAAGCCCUUGGCUUAUCUUGAAUACAGAUUUUGGUGAUAUCUCAGUUUGACAAAGAGGAAUUAUCGUUUGUCCAUCACAAUUUACAACAACAAAUAAGCGACAAUAAAUGCAAAGCAAAUAAGACAGCAACAAAUACAUCUCCAUAUCCUCCUCCAUCCACAAUUUUUCUGUCAUCCAACCAUAUUUGAGGAAUUAAUUAUAAAACAAGGCAAAAACGUGGCAACAAUUAGCACAUCAUUGAAUAACUGUUGCAUAGGAAGACAGUGGGCCGAGAGUGAGACAGUCAGCCAGCAAGUCUGAGGGAAGAAGAGACUCGGCAAAUUAGUGAUUGCAACAUCAGAGAUUGGAUUAGAUUGAAUGGAUGCAAGGAGGUGGUAAUGAGUAUGACGUAAAAAUUACACCUCAUCCAGAGACAGAGAGAGAGAGAGAGAAAGAGAGAGGCCAAAAGUGAAAGGUAAGAAGGAGAGGAGACCAACAAAAACAAAACCAACUAUUGCUGGGGAGGAACUGAGGCAAAACAUACGUCAACGACAACGCCUUGUGAUAAUUGUACCUGAUAAUUGCCAUAAAUUUAUUGUUGUGUUAUUAUUAGUAUUGUUGUUGCUGCUGCUGCUGUUGUUGUAUGGCUGCUGCUCAUUUGAAACGGCAAAUUUCUCAUUGUCCCCAAGGCGAAUUUGACAAGACCAAUACCCCCCAGCAUCGGCACUAAUUAGCCUCAAAAUACAGUCGAAAAAGCCAACAACAACGAUAACGACUACGACAAACAAUCUGGUCACCUUAACACCACCACCACCACCGCCCUAUCAGCCAUUUGUUGGUCCAUCAGCGCUGAAAAUGUUUCCCUAUGAUGCAGGCCUGAGAUGAUAUUUGUUUUGGAAAUAAAGCUCAAGGUCAAGGCUAAAGGUUGAAGCUUAAUCCGAUUGUGAAACACUCUCACGCACACACACACACAGAGCUGCCAUAUUUUCUAAGCUAGCAACAACAGCAAAAGAAACCAUUCAAGAUAUUCUCUUAAGACCCAAGUGGGAACCAAUACCCCAUCACUAUGAUGCUACACAAUGAGGCCGAUCGUAAAAAUGAAGAUUCUGAGCCAUGCCUGCCACCGCCCAGCAGCUGUCAGAAGGCUCAAAUAGUUCCGACACAUCACACCACACCUGCAUUGCCACCAACACAGUCGACAACAACACAAGCUGUAACAACAACAUCACUACCACUACCAGCCGCCACAUCGAAAAAGAAGAAAGAACGCAAUUCCCAUGAUUUGCUCCUGGAAACCCUAGACGUUCUCUUAUCCUGCUUUGUUGUGGCGCCCUGUGUCAUUGCCUAUUGGCGCGGCACCUGGGAACUGAUUGGUGUCCUGAUAUUUCCCCAAAACAUCCCGCUGUCCGCCCUCUGCUCGUUCCUCAUUGGCGGCAUUGGACAUUUUGUCUUUACGCUGACGCAGCGCUUCUUCAUCGAUCACAUACAUCCGGACAAACAUCGUCUCACGUACUACGUCAUCUCACGCUGUUACACCUUUGUGUUCGGCAUCGUAUGCGUGAACAUGUGGCGGGGGUCAUGGGUCCUCUGCGACUGGCUGACCAGUGCCAGUUCGUUGAUAAUCAUUUGCAUUGUGACCUCGGUGGCGGUACUGUUCCUGAUUGCCACACGAACGGUGAGGAAUCUGGGCGCUGCACCGUAUUCGGUGAUAAUGGAUCACAAGAGUGAUUAUUUCGAUGUGGAGACAAUGUUUAAGAUUGCGGGCUUUCAACAACCUGGCCUAUAUGUUAUGGACACAUUAUUUUCGAUAUUUGUUAUUGGUACACUGGUGGUAAUAGCAUGGAGAGGUCUGUGGGGCAUAAUGGAUUUAACGGUGUAUCCCGGCGAGAAGGCCAAAUCGGCAUGGUCAUCAUUGAUAAUGGGUUAUGUUACGGUCGGUUUUACAUUCGUUCUGCAUCCCUUUGUCCGUUGGGUGUGCAAGCGUAUAGAUGGCAUUUUCAAAUUGAUAUUUUGCGAUGUGUAUUAUUUUGCGGAGUUUUUCGGGGCGGUCAAUGCCUGGCGUGGCAUAUGGAAUCUGUUGGAUGUGUAUGUUUAUCCAGAUAAUCUAAUCUUGAGUUACUGGCUAACCCAUGUCAUUCCGUUUCUGAUUCUGGCCGCCCUCAAGUGCUCCAAUUCGAUUUUGGUGCGUGGUGUUUACUUGGAUGCCGAUGGUGUGGGCGGUGAAUGUGUCGAUAUACCCAUACACUAUGUACGCCUACAUUUCGAAAGGGAACGCAAGAAACGUUCCAUGGGCUUUGGCUAUGGCCACCACCACCACCACCAAACGAAACCAACGAAUCUUUUAGUUAAGACACCUAACGAUAAGAAUGCCCAAAGAGUUCUAAUUGAAAAACCCAUGAAAUCGGAGAUUAAAAUACAAUCUGGCAUGGAUGCUGCCACGCAAUUGGUUUGACCCGCUCGAAAUUGAACUGAUUAGCCAGGCCAGCCCCACCACCAUCUCAUUCUCAUUAGCAAUUGUAGAAAGCAACUAUCUUUACUUCUCACCUCCCCCCACGCCACAUUCUCUGCAUAAACUCCAAAAAAACAAAAGCAAGCCAAGCCAAAAGCAGCACCCCAAAUCUCCACAAGAGAUUAGGAACCGAAUUCCAAAACAGAAAACAGCAACAACAACGAUUCCCUAGACUACAUUCCAUUUUUUGUAUUAGUCCUUCUCUCCACACCCAUAUAUAUAUAAAAAUAAAACAAAAGAACCUAUAUCUCUUGUACUAUUUAAGAUGUAAGAAAAGAAAAUUAACAAAAAAAUACUUAAAGUUUUUUGUAAUUGUUGUGUUAGAUUUUGUUGUUUAAUUAAUUAAGUUAAUUAUUUUUAUUUGUUAUUAUAAUUAUUAAAAAAUUAUUACUAUUAUUAUUGUUGUUAUUAUUAAACAAACAAACAAGAAAAAACAAAAACAAAUUGUAAAAUUGUACAAAUCAUUCGCGUUUAAGUAGCAAAAGUUCCAAACGAUCAAAAAACCCCAAGACAAGAAAUGACAAUAAAAAGAAUUAUAAAUCUCCAUAAUUUA